AGUCUUCAUUAGCAGCAGUGAAACAUCGGAUGGCACAUUUGAAAUUAUACCGUUCAACCCUCUGCAGAGGGGCAACUGGUCAACUGCCACCUCAAAGGUGCUUUCCUCAAUGCCGAGUCGCAGGAUACAUACACGUAUUUCUGUAAGAGCAGGACAUUCAGCUCAGCCACGCCAAGACCAAACCUUGUCCGCUGAUGCUCCUCGUACCCAGAGGGAAAUCCAGGAUGCUGUCAUCCAGCCAGAAGUGGGGAAAAUCCAUACUGAAGAUGCAAGAGAUAAUUUAAUUGGUUCAACGUUGUCAAACAUCCGCGGCCUCUCAGAGCGGGAGGGCACGCGCCAGCUGCAAGCCAUGACGCUCAGCCUGGGAGACAAGAUAGAAAUCAAGCACCUUGCGUUCAUCUCCACUGCAAAGAGUUCAGUCAUCAACAGAAAUGUUCCUUGCUACAUCUACCUAUACAUGUACAUUUCAAGGACUUGGCGCCAUUGCGCGUUCAUCAUCCUCAAUGUCCUCAGCUCCCUCAGGUUGUGGCAUUCCUCCAUGAAGAAGCUGAACGGACGUUUCGGGACCGGAGUGCUUUCUUACUUCCUUUUUCUCCGUACCCUCUUGUUCUUUAACAUCCUCCUCUUUGUGAUCAAUGGGCUGUUCCUUAUCUUCCCUCAAGCCAUCUACCCCCCUUUGAAUACCUCUCCCCGUGAAGCUUUCACCAGCCUUCAGCUUCUUACUGGCAUGGGUUACCUUUCUGACAGCUUGAUGUUUUACGGUUACUACUCAAACACCACCGUCAGAACUUGUCGAGCUAACAAUUCGCCAGACUGCAACGCUGACGAGUUGUACAUGGAGUCUUACAGCAUACCCACAGCUUAUUUCUGCACCACUGCUGUCGCCUUCUUCAUUAUCCUCAUCAUCCUGGUGUACAGAAUGUCCAACUCCUUUGGGAAACAGUUUCAAGUCCUCAAGUCCAACGGGAACCUGUCUGAGAAGGUUUUUUGUGCGUGGGACUUUAAUGUCAGCAAGAAGUCAUCUGUCAGACUUCAGUCAGAGAAAAUCAGUAUGCAGCUCAAAGAGCAGCUGUCUGAGGUUGUCAUUGGAAAAGAGGAAAAGCGCUGCACGCAGCGACUCUGCCGCCUCAUCAUCCAGAUGAUCACAUGGGCCACGUGUCUGGCAGGCAUCUUCUGUGGUGCUAUUGGAGUCCACUGGCUUGCAGAGGCUGGAGGCAGUCCACAGGAGUUCUAUCAAAACAUGAUAGAUUUCAAGCUUUUCUCCUCCACGGACUCAUUUUCCAGCACUAGCAAGGCUCCUAAAGAAGGAGAGCUGCUGCUCACAUCUGCAGCGGUGUCAGGCCUCAACCUCCUACUCCCUGCUGUGUUCAACAUCUGUGCUUGGAUGGAGAAUUAUGAAUCACCUGGGACACGUGUGUAUGUCUCCAUCUUCAGAAACCUGUUGUUGAAGAUCAGUAUUGUUGGUGUGCUGGGCUACCACUGGCUGGGGAAAAUUCCUGUGAAACCAGAAAGUCCACAUUUCAAGUGUUGGGAGAGUUUUGUGGGACAAGAACUUUAUCGGCUGCUCGUGAUGGACUUCAUCGUCACGGUGCUUUACACCUUUUUCGGGGAAUUUCUAUGGAGUCUGUUAUCUAAGAAUGUCCUGAAAAAGAGAAGGAAGCCGGUGUUUGACAUUGCCCGUAACGUGCUGGAGCUCAUAUAUGGACAAACUCUUACUUGGCUUGGCGUGCUGUUUGCUCCACUGCUCCCUGCAGUCCAAAUAAUCAAACUGCUUUUGUUGUUCUACAUGAAGAAGAGUAGUGUGAUGUUUAACUGUCAGGCCUCCAAAAAGCCAUGGAGGGCUACCCAAAUGACAACAUUAUUCGUCACUCUUCUGUGUUUUCCCUCAUUUCUUGGUGCUGCCGUGGCUGUCACAUAUACAAUAAUGGCGAUUAAACCCUCGCCAACAUGCGGCCCUUUCAGGAAUUUAACAAGAAUGUUUGAAUCAGCUCAACUCUGGACAAAAGAGCUGAAGGACACUCACCCGAUUUUGUCAAGACUCAGCUGGGUCUACAACAGUCUGAUAGAGAACCCGCUCUUCUUAUUCCUGGCUGCUGGAGUACUUCUAUUGGUGAUUUAUUUUCACACGGAAAUUGUUGAUGGCCAAAGGAGAAUGAUUCGUCUCUUGGAAAACCAAGUUGAAAACGAGGGGAAUGAUAAAAAUUUCCUCAUCAGCCAGCUGCAAUAUCUUUGUGACCAGAAGAGUCAAGGUUCACUUCAAAAAUAAGCUACUAAAGAUGGUAUCUCACCAGCGUGGAGCGUGAUACACAUUAUCCCAGCAAUGCUGAGAUGCUUAUCCGCAUCAAAAGAAAACAAAAGCAAAGAUGCAACGUUGAAGAUUGUGAAUGUGGAACAUGAUUGGUGAUUUAGAUCUGGCCUAUUACUAUAUCAAUGUUUGAAUAAUAACAGUAAUUAUCUAUUUACAAGUCCUGGUUUGAUGUUUAUACAUAUAUCCAGUUUUUUAAUAUAUGCUUCUUUUUUAAUUUUACAUUGUAGUU